GUGGGUGUGUGAAGGCGUCACGUGAUGCUGCGUCUGGCUGCUGUCACGCUGGUAUAAAUCCACCUCUGUAUAUUUAGUCGCUCCUUUUCCCCACGUGAAGCUGCUGCGUCCUCGGGUCCGGGCUACAAAGUAGCUUCGACUUUGUCUACAGUCAUGGCUGACCAGGCUUUCGUGACUCUGGCUACUAAUGACAGCUACGCUCGGGGAGCCAUGGUUCUGGGCAAGUCCCUCCGAAACCACCAUACGUCCAGGAAGCUGGUGGUUCUCAUCGGUCCACAGGUGUCCCAGCCCUGCCAGUCUGUGCUGAGGAGCAUCUACGACGAGGUGAAGAUGGUGGACGUGCUGGACAGCGGCGACGCUGCACACUUGGCGCUGAUGAAGAGGCCUGACCUGGGCGUCACCUUCACCAAGCUCCACUGCUGGACCCUGACGCAUUACUCCAAAUGCGUCUUCAUGGAUGCAGACACACUGGUGCUUUCAAACAUAGACGAGCUGUUUGACAGGGAGGAACUGUCAGCUGCUCCGGACCCCGGCUGGCCCGACUGCUUCAACUCUGGAGUGUUCGUAUUCUGUCCGUCCAUGGAGACCUACGGCAAACUGCUGCAGUUUUGUAUAGAGCACGGCAGCUUUGACGGAGGAGACCAAGGUGUUUUGAACAGCUUCUUCAGCAACUGGGCAACAGCUGAUAUAUCAAAACACCUCCCCUUCAUCUACAACCUCAGCAGCAUAGCCAUCUACACUUACCUUCCAGCCUUCAAGCAAUAUGGCGGCAAUGCCAAGGUUGUCCACUUCCUAGGAAAGGCCAAGCCGUGGACUUACACGUAUGACCCCAAAGGUAAACAGAUCACAGGGGACGUGCACGAGGCCACGACGCAUCCCAGCUUCCUGCUGGACUGGUGGACCCUGUUCUCCAGCGCUGUGGUGCCCAUGCUGCAGGAGCAGUACGGAGACCGGCCUUUCUACUCCGGAUGCGUGGAGUUGCAGCACAGUGACUCGGUCACUAUUGAGAGUGAACAGGGUGAGAGCGUCUCCCUACAAGCGCAGGCUCACGAACCCCAUCUGUCGUCAGAGGAGCGGAAGCAGAAAUGGGAGCAAGGUCAGGCAGACUACAUGGGAAUGGACUCGUUUGAGAAUAUCAAGAAAAAGCUUGAUACUUUCCUCAAAUGAAUCAGAAACAAAGCAGGACGUCAACAGAUCAGUGGCAGUGUAACAGACUGUCACCAUAGGCCUUCAUAUCAAAGUACAACAAAACGGGCUGCAAUUAUUCUACUGCAAAUGUGACUCACUCAAUACAUCAGUGACACUGCUUUUCUAAUGAGAAUGGCUUUAAUUGUCUAUGCAAUACUGCUGUUACUCAGUUUAUCCUGCCAUGGAUCUGGUCUGCUACACUGUGAAAUCAAGUCAAAAACCAUGUAUGACACAAUUUCAGCCUUGUCAAGUAACAAAAAAAAUGCAAAACAUCUUUUCAUGUCAAAGUUGUCUUUAUUAGAUUUUCAGUCAUUUACAUGUACAUUCUUCUUUUUGUACUGUCCCCUAACACUGACAUGCUCUGCCGUUGCAGUAAGCAGACUGUUUAACCUGGAUAUACAAAAUGUUUACAGCACCUUUUUUAGAAGCAAUAUAACCCUGUAGACACCAGCUCUCCAGUGCCUUACUGUCUUGCUGUAUCUGCUGCCAUCAUCUGAUAUGUUUUUGACUAGCAUCUUUAUUGUAGGUCAUCAGGUUUAUACAUUUUUAGUGUUACACUUGACCAGGCUUUUCUCUGUAUUGCAAUGUCUUUUAUAUGGAGACAUUAAAACAUUAAGAGUU